CUUCCGUCGCACCGACACCUGGGCCCUCGGGGCUGCCUCGCCUCCACCCUGCCGGGCCUAGCGGAGCCCGCACGGGCUGUCCUGCCGCCGCCGCGCAUUGGCGCUCUCGCGGCCGAAGCGGGCGGCCCCUGGCAGCGAGAGCCGCGGCCCCCUCCCCAUGGGGGCCCUCGCCGGGCCUCGGGACCGUGAGAAAACGACUCGGGACGACAGACCACAUAAGUCCAGGCCUCCGGAGCCCACGCACCGAAAGUGGCGCGGCCGGAGGUCUGGGUCGGGCGCGCGGGGGCCGCAGCCGCGACCGGCCCCGCCACCUCCGGGGCGGGCGGAGGCUGCGCCUAUCUAGGGGAGUGCCCGGUCGCGCAGCGAGGCGGGCCCGUCGCGCAGGGAUCGGGUGGGGAGCCCUGAGCUCCUGGCGACUCAACUUUUGCUUUCGAGCCGGGCCUCUUUUCGCUCCACAUUUCGGGCCCCCGCGGGACCCUCACAGGUCGAUGCGGCUCCAGAAACGGCGCAGGAGGAUGGGAUCUGGGGGGUCUGGUCCUCAUCGUCUGCGAUGUUGAACACUUUUUUUGCAGCGUCGGAUCUCAGGGGGGGCGCUGCGCAAGGGGCGCGGGGCCGUGCGCGGAGAGCCGUGGCAGCAGCCGGCCGCCCCGCGCCCGGAUCCAACAGGGAGCCGCCGCGGCCAUCUCAGCAUAGAGAACACCGCAUGCGUAGUACGGGGGCGACCUGGCACCGCAGCGUGCGGGCAGGGCGCGGCCGCGGAGCAGAGGCCCCCGAGACCCGACGUCGCGACGCAGCGGAAACAUCGCAGAACCUCGCGGCCGGACCCCCCGACCCCCUGGCCGCAUCGAGCUGUGAGGGCCGGCCGGGGCCCCAACUGGGGGGGCCCUUGGCAGCCGCCGCGGUCGUCUCCGCAGGGGCGGGCCCGCGGCAGCGCACACGCAGGGCGGGGGGGGGCCGUGAGGCCCGCCGCGCGCCGUCGCGCAGGCGCCGCCGCGCACGCCUCCCGGGCGCCGACGCGGGCGGGGCGCAGCGGCCGGGGCGCCCCGAGAGCUCCGCCCACAGAGCGGGACCAGGCUCGGCGCAGACGCCUUGUGCGUCUGGCAGCGUCCAGCACCAUGGCUGAUUACUGUGACAGUGAAGCAUGGAGCCCGCCUGGCCAAGACUAGCAAAUGAUGGUUUGACCGCCAGCGUGCCCAGCCGGCUGGGUUGCCUGCUGCUGCGGCAAGGCUUCUGCGAAGGAGAUCGGCUUUGUGAUGGAACGACUGCUGGCCAUCGCCAGAAGCUGCUCUUGCUCCUCCUGCCUCUGUCGAACGCGUCGUCUAUUACUGAGCCACGACAGCCAGGUCUUGUUGACAAUGUUAGCCAGGGACACCAAGAAAGUCUGCAAGUGUGGCGGUGUGAAGCGCAUGUUGAGAACCUGGAACGGCAACCAAAAGGCAGCCAUCCCGGUGCACGACUCGUACCACUCAGCACGAAGAUGCUCGCACGACGUUUGGAAGGUCUGGCCCUUGAUCAAGCCUGUCCAGAUGUAGAAGCACGGGAGCAAGAGGAACGGCACGUUGAGACAACAAUCGGAGAAGCCGCUCGCAACUGCCUGGGCCAUGGUGCCCCUGCCGAUGAGCUAUAGACGCGCGUCCAGAGCCAGACCUGCGGGCCGCCGUACCACACGACGCCCCAGGAGGCCAUCGACAGCGUCCGCCGGCAGUCCCACGGCUCUCCAGGGCAGGUGAUCGACUGCGCGCCCACGUCGGCGAUGCCAAGCAUCCCGGCCGACGUGACGCCCGACACGAGGAAGGCGCGCCUGCGGCUCAAGUCGUUCAGCGACCGCCACGAGGCCGCCCACCUCAGCCGUGCCGCCGCCAGGGCCAUGGCUCUCGCAGGCAGCCGGGCCCGGGCGCCGGGGGGGGCACGCCCGUGCUGGCCCUGCGCCGCGGGCCGGGUGCCCUCGGGCAUGCGGGCUCGAGC